AUGACAACACAACACUACAUUGAAGGAUAUCGGAGGGAUCUUGAAAAUGAGUUCACCAAUUCUGACACCAGCGGAGAAAACCAAGCAGAAGAUGACUACUACAAUAAAGCGAGAGAGUACUUUUGCGCAAAGCAUACUGGAUUUUCAUCAUUUCUGUUUUGUUUGCAACAAGUUACCCCAACUCCUGCAAAUCAACAAAUUGUUCCACCUGUUCCACAAGCUCCACCUCCUCCACAAGGCCCACCUCCACUGACUCCUGAGCAACAACAACAACAAGCAAUUAUUGCACAACAACAAGCAAUUAUGGCACAACUAACUUAUACAACUCCUUCUGGAUUCAUUGCUGAAAAUCCAGGAAUUAUAAUUGGAGGCGCUGUUCUUCUGCUAUCUGCACUUUGUUUUAUGGCUGCAUGUGCCAUGUCGUUUCUCACUGCAAAAAGCCAGAAACCAGCGGUUCCUGUGAAACGUGGAAAUCAGAUCAGAAAACCGGCUAGACAUGUUCAUAAAAAGAGAAAAAGAGCAAGUUCGUCAAUGGAUAAAAUGGAAAAGGGCCAGAAAAAAAAGGAAGAUGGUGGAAGAAAAGAAGAGAAACCAUCAAAUAGUAGCUACUCGAAGUCAAAAGGCAAAUCAGCAAAAUCUGUGGAUUCAACUUCCUAA